UCCAUUUUGUAUCAGAAUUUCUCAACAUUGGCAAUGCUUCGCGACAAACUUCAAACAAAAGUUCCGAUUUUAGUGAUUAGGCGGCAAUCGGAGCCAUAAAAAUCUUCUAACGAUCUCUCAGCCUCUCGGAUAUUUUUGUAAACAGAAGUUUAAAAGAAAGCUGAUAAAAACAAAAUGAAAGAUGGAAUGAAAUUAUUAUGCCUGCUGUUGAAAUCAUCAGAAAAAGCGGCGAAUAUCGCACGGGUUUGCAGGCAAAAUGACUCAUUGUUUCGAUUGUUAAUUCAGGAGAAAAAUGACGAUGAAAAGAAUCCGAGGUUCUUUCGGGAUUUUAAAACUCUGGCCGAUGUUUUGAUUCAGGAGACUAUUCGUCAUGACAUCGGUAUUGAGUUCCCAGAGCUGACGGAAAUGGUUAGAGGCGAGGAAACAAAUGUAUUCAGUAACACGCUCGAUAAAACUGUUAUCGUAAAAGUCUGUUCUACGUCUGAGGAAACAACAAAAUUACUAUCGCAAGUAUUGGAUGACGAUGUUGAGACAGCUGGAGUACUUGCCAUGGAAAUCCAUCGGGAUAUCGAAUUGUCUGAAAUAAAUCCCGCUGUUGAUUAUAAUUAUCUUGAAAAUUAUGACGUUGAUGUUGAUAUAGCAGACUUGGGAAUUUGGAUUGAUCCUAUCGAUUCAACGGCUGAUUACAUUAAUGCCAAUACGAUUAUUGAUGAGGCAACGGACCUGCAUUUAAGCGGGUUAAAGUGUGUUACUGUACUUAUUGGUGCCUAUAUCAGGAGCACUGGUCUUCCUAUUUUAGGUGUUGUCAAUCAACCUUUUUAUACUUAUGAUAAUUCUCGGUGGCAAGGAAACUGUUACUGGGGACUUUAUUCCGGUGGCAAGAUUCAAUCUUCCUUGACAAGCUCGUUAAAUCAAAACAACAUAGUAGUAUUGAGCCGCUACGAGGACCCAACUAUCAAAUCCAAAUUGAGUAAUUGCGGAUUCAAAUUGAUUGAAGUUACGGGUGCUGGUUACAAAAUAUUGACAGUUGCGACAAGUCAAGCCGAUGCGUAUGUUCUUUCGAAAAGCUCGACUUAUAAGUGGGACACGUGUGGACCUCACGCUAUUUUACGUUCUCUGGGCGGAAAUAUUAUCGAUUUCAAAAAGUUUUCAACAAAUCACGAUGAAGAUCCCUCGGAGUUUGCGAUUAAGUACAACGACGGUGAUGAAGCUAAACAUUCAAACGCUGGAGGGUUGAUUGCGUAUCGAAACUCGGAAACUUUACAACUUUUGCAAAAGUCCUUGGUUUUAUCAACAAAAUUGUAAAUAAAAGUCAUGAUAUUACUUUAAGUGCAAAUGUGAUACAUUUAAAUUCAUAGAUAUAUUAUUUAAAUAUUAAAAAGAAAAAGAAUUUAUUAUUAUUAAUAAUUUUUCCUUAAAAUUAUUAAUUCAAUGAGUGAUGAAUAUUUUAUUAAAAUAAUAAAUGAUAAUAACGAAAUGUCUUUCAAUAAUAUUUAAUAUGUUAUAUAUACAUCAAUACAGAGCACUUAUUAAAGAAAUAUACAUAGUUUAUUGAUUAUUGAUAAUUAUCAUAAUUUCAACGUGUACUUCGGACUUAGGUUUCCUGUAACAAUUAUUAUUCUUACUUACAACAGUUAUUUACAAAUUUUUGGAGCCAAAUUUUUAUUUUUAUGCGUGAUUUCUGUGUAAUAUAUGGAGUAACAAUAUAUGAGGCGUAUAAAUUUUUGUAAUUAUUCAAUCGACGGAUAAUUUAUGCAGUAAAUUCGUUUUCAUUUAUA